CUUCUUUUGUGGUCGAUAUUUGCAUAUAGUGCACAGUAUAUUAGAUACACUAUUUGAAUAGUAAGUGCUUCAACUAAUUUGAGAUAAACUAUCCUUGCGGUUUUAAUACGGUUGUCCGUACGUAAGUACUGUGUUUGUAUUAUGGGUUGUAAACAAAUCCUCAUAAAAUGAUUUAUUCAUGACAUUGCAUGGAGGAAUUGAGAUGGAAGUCGGUUGACAAUGCAUUAAAUUGUUAUCAUCCCAAAUCAGUGAAGUUUCACCAAAACGUUUCAGUUUGCCUCGCUUGUAAAAAUUGUUAUUUUUUGAAUAUAUUUUAUGGCGUAUAUAACACGCGUCAUGGUUUGAUAAAAACUGCAAUAACUUUAACGUACUUCCCCGUUUUUAAAUAUUAAUACUUUAGGAACCGGAACUUUAUCAUCCGGUUUUCGUACCAACAUAGACGUAGAAAUGUGUCUCAAGAAUUUCGUGGGAUUGUUUCAGUGACGUCAUACGCUGGUCUUACGUCACGGUAGUACCAAUCUUGACGAAUUUUGGUUUUUGUUGUAAACAAUUGUACCAAACGUAUGGUUCUUUCGGCUUUGUCUACAUCACGAGUUUCUGAAUCUCACGUCAUUGUAGGGUUUUUUUAAUUUAAUUUGCAUCAGCUAAUACGUAGCAUUUGCGUAUGAAAAUCCUGCAGAGAACUGCACGAAGCAUUGUAGUAAAACUGAAACCUCUUUUGUCAACUCUAGUAGAUGACAGGAACCAGAUGGCCACUUCAGUUUCAAAGCGCAAUGUUAUGCCUUAUCUUGUGAAUGAUCCGGGCAUAGAAAUUCACCAUUUUUGAUUUACGCUAUUGGUGUUCAAUGGUGAUGUAUUAAAAUCACCUUUUUUCACAAGCCAUAUUCAAUUUAUCCUCAGUAUAUCACCCGUAGUUAUAGGUCGGCAUUCUCACGAUGUAAACAAUGCCAUAUUCGACUGAUAUUUGGUUGCGAGAGGAAGAUGCAUUAUCGUGUUUUAUAGCGAGAAAUAUACUUUGUGAACUUAAUAGGAUUUAUGUCAUUUACAAGAGUGUUCAGUUUAUCCUACGUGUGUAGUUCUCUACCGAAUAUGGUGCCAUGGCUGGCAUCAGAACUACGAUGAAAUCUAAAAGAUCUUUCGUUUCAUUUUCUUGUUGUUUUGUUUCCUUUCCUACGGCAGUUGCGCCAUAUAAACCUUUUUUGUUUCCGACAAGCGCAGGAAGCCAGUAUUGUGUGCGAUUGUUGUGUAAAUCGUUUGCUAUAAACGGUAAUGUUAUCUGUAUAAAGCCAGUACGUUAUAACCGUUGUUUCAAUCACAAAACCGUUGUUUCGAUCGCAUUUUUUUAUUGCUAAUUAUUUUUAGAUUUUUCUGUUUAUUUAGAAUUGUUAAAAUUGCGCUAGUCAUGAUCAUUGCGGUCGGUUAUUUUAAUCAUGCAAAUAUUUAGUUUUUUUACAAAUGUAAUGUAAACAUAGCCUUUCCCUUAAUUUCAAAUUUCAACUGCAUAGAGAUGUUGCUAAUAGAUUAUUAGAACGCAUUUUUAAUUCAUUAGAAUUUAGAACAAUCAUGAAAAUGUCGCAAAUUAAUUUGUGGAGUCUAUUUAUAUUACUGUUUAAAAUAUAUACAAGCGCAUAUAAUAAGAAUAUUCUCGGACAGUAAUAGGAGUAUUUAAGCUAGUUCCGAUAAUCUCUUUGCCAAAAAAAUAUUUCACGGGUUAAAUUAAAUAAAUUGAGAAAAAUAAAGUAUUUUUGUCGAAUGUUAUUUCUUUUUCCAAGGCCCGUUCUGAUUGGUUCGCACCAGACCCCCCGGCGCUCCUGGGCUGCAAUGUUGCUAUUACGGCGAAAGAACUUCUAAAGUGUACAUCGAAGUGUUUUGAAAAUGGCUGCGAACAAUCCUCGAAAAUUCGAGGAGAAAAUUGCUCAGCAUAAGCUGAGACAAGCUCAAGAAACGAAGGAAUUCGAGAAGAUUAUGGAAGAAAUGUCUUUCGUCAACGCGAAGGCACAUAUUAACCAAAGGCAAACUCGUGGAAGAUACGGCGGCUCUUUGCCCGAUUUUAACUUAGCUCAGAGUCAAAGUGCCAGACACGAAAAUAUCAAUGAUUUAGCAGUGAGACAGAAUAUGGAUAUCCAACAGCCGAUUAAAGACCGACCAUACCAUCCUAGAAAUAGACUUAUGACUUCAAAUCGACGGCAUAAUAUGGAUACGGCAGCGCCUUAUCAUCAUUUCAGUCCAUAUUUAUCGCCACCUCAAAUGGAUGCGAACUGGCGAAGGACAAGUUCAGAUUCAUCAAUCUAUCAUAACUUGACAAAUCCAAAUGGUAAUAGAAAGAUGAGUACAUCACCUGAUAGCACAAGAGAGGUUGGCAGUUUCCUUGCUCCCAAAGAUAAUGAAAUUGAAGAAAUGAAAUUUGAUAUUCCCAACAACAGUCAACAGCAACAAUCAUUCAACUAUUCCUCCACUAACAAUGGCUCAUUGCCUGACCUUUCCAACCUUCACAUUCCCUCGCCGUUGUCUGUGUCAAUCGAUCAGGAUGACCAGCAGCAACAACCGUACAAUCAACAGAACUUUUCCUCUGGUAAUUCUGGCAAUGUUUUUAUGAAUAGACAACCACGAAGAAACACAACUGGAUCCAGCUGCAAACGUCAGGUCUACCGUCACCACCCCCCGACCAACCUGGAUCAUCUCCACAUGCCCGGGGGUGGCUUCAUGUUUCAGUCACCAUCUGGCACUGCUGGUGAUCCCACUUCACCAACCGUUGCACCAAUGUACCAAGCACCAAUGUCACCGCUUGCCAAUGGCCCGGGAUACUUGCAAUACCCAGGGCAAUUAGGCAGCGGAAGUCUUCAGCAACAGCUGGAGCAAAUGGCGACCAUUGCAGAGAAUAUGAAGCCAGUUAGUGCCACUACUAACGGUCAAAUGGGUCCAGGUGUACCCCCUCAGUCACCAAACACGUUCCUAAACAUGCUAACGACGAACCCAACUGCGAUGGAAAACGUCCGUCAAAGGUUUCAGGAUUAUUUUGGCCCAGUGGAAAGCAGCGAACAGAACAGUUUAGCUGCAGACAUUGGAAAUGCUAUUAGCAUCAGUGGCGGUAUCGACGCUGGUAUGCAAGGUUAUCCAGGAAUGGAACCGAAUGCAGGAGAGUUCGGACCAGGACUCUCGUUAGAGCCACUUGAUCUACAAGAUAUUCGAGUUUUGACGGGGGAAUCCGAAGAUGUCGCAAAACCAGAGGUUGAAAGACAGUUUCGACUUGAGGGCAACCAACAGCAGCUCAUGCGUUGAACACAUCUAUGGCUAAACUCUGUACAUUUAGAGCAUGUGAUGCCACAACUAGAGCAUGAUGGUACAAAUAUAGAGAUGAUAGCUGUCACUGAUUUGUUUACAAGGGUUAGUAUCACGGCCCACUACUUUCUCGGUUUCUUCAAAAAGAACCAGCUUUGAUCAAUGAUGUUUGUAUCAGCCUUGGUGAGGUCAUAUCUUGUGAUAUCAUCAUUCAUGAUGUCAUAUCCUAUGACGUCUUAAAGUUACGUCAGUCUGAUGAUGUCAUCCGUUGGCGCGAGUUUUGGUGACGCGGAACGUUGAAAUAGAGAUUUUUUAAGAUAGAGUUUUAAUGCAUAGUAAAUGGGUUGCUAUGACCACAGAGUAUGACAAUUUUUCGUAGACAUAUAAAUGUGUUAAAUAAUUGAUAUUACCGGUGCUUAUAAUUAUGUAUAAUAUGGUUGCUGAUAGUUACGGCCAAUUAAGAGUUAAUUAGGUCCAGUGUAGCAAAUUACUCAAGAAUUCCCCAGACAUCAGUGGAAGCGAUUCUUAAAUACAAAAGACCUUCAGAACUCACGAUGCCUAAAAUAUAAAUGCAUAUGAAGUUGACUAUUUCACUGCACACCACAACGUUUUUACUCAACUAACUUUCUGCAAAGUUUUAAAUUGAAUCAAUGCUAUCAGAGCUGUGGUGUUUUAGGUAGUGCUGAGUUGCGAAGGUCUUUGGUAACUAAGUCUUACUCCAGUCGUUCAUAUCAGUUACGAUUCCACUGCAAUUUCAUUCUAAAAUUUUGAUCCAAUUGACAUUGCUCGACCUUGAGAAGUAUACUCCACAAGGGUAUUAAUAACUUGAUUAUUGACUAUACUAUAUCUACGUUACUGUCGUGGGUUUUCAGAGAAGCCUCGAGCACCUGAAAAAUAUAAGAUUUAGUCCAAAAGAUCCACGCUAGUUUUCCGUAUGCCUUUGAAUUUCAGACAGGGAACUUCAGGGGGGUAAAACACCGAAGUUUUUAUUUUUCAGGUCGCCCACACAAAACGUAGCCAGUUACUAAACGCUAGGAACGUGCCUUACGGACUUGAUCACCCUGAGGGUACUCUAACUUUGAUAUUUCAACCAUGAUAACCUAAUCUAAUUCCUGCCUGUCAGGCCUUUUGGAUUAAGUUAUCGUGGUUCGGAGGUCCUUUUGAGAUCCUCCAUGUUGAGACGCUUUGCUAUACUGGAUGGAUAUAUUGCAUGAAAAGAAAGAACUGCAAAUAUACUGGGUUAGUUGUUGAUAUUACACAUACACCAUGUACGAUAAAAUAAAUAUAUGCUAGUAACAUUUC